ACGAAAGCUCCCCCACAUGGAAACUGCCUCGUCAAGCCCUCAUAAAUCUAACCAGAGCGCCACUGCCAUACCCAAUUCUUACUGCAUCGUUUUAUUAAGAAAGAAAAUCAAUACAAAAUCAGAUAAGAUUCUCUCUGCUUCUUCAAUUCUUCAAUGUUCUACUUAAAAUCCUUAUUCAGGUUUAUGGUGAGUUCCCCAUUGCCAAUUGAUUCUGGGGUGGAACCUCAACUUCCUUCAGAUCUGCCCCCUUUGACCACUCAACCAGUCUCUUCUUCUCCUUCUUCUUCUUCUUCUUUCACUCAUGAUUCAUCAUGGACAUAUGAUGUGUUUUUGAGUUUUAGAGGUGAGGAUACACGCACCAAUUUUACAGAUCAUUUGUACAAGGCGUUGUGUGAUAAGGGCAUCUACACCUUCAUUGAUCGAGAGCUUGUAAGAGGAGAAGAAAUAUCGCCAGCCCUUGUCAAAGCAAUUGAAGAAUCAAGAAUUUCUCUCAUUGUAUUCUCUGAAAACUAUGCAUCUUCGAGGUGGUGCUUGGAUGAACUUGUCAAGAUCCUUCAAUGUAAAGAAUCAAAGCAACAAAUAGUUUUGCCCUUUUUUUACAAGGUGGAUCCCUCAGAUGUACGGCACCAAAGAAGUAGUUAUGGCGAUGCAUUUGUUCACCAUGAACGCAAAUUCAAGGAUGACAAGGAGAAAGUGCUCAAAUGGAGGAGAUCUCUUACGGAAGCAGCAAAUUUGUCUGGAUGGCAUUUCAAAGAGGGAGAGUAUGAAACUACAUUUAUCAACAACAUCGUUGAUAGAAUCUUAAGCCAAGUACUGAGCUGCACAUAUUGGAAUGUGGCCAAGUACCCAGUUGGAAUUCAAUCUUGUGUCCAAGAUGUGGAAAAGCUUUUAGAUGUUGGUGGGAAUGGUCGUCGCAUGGUUGGGAUAUGGGGGACAUCUGGAAUAGGCAAGACAACAAUUGCAAAAGCUAUAUGGAAUGCAAUUGCACAUAAAUUUGAAGGAAGUUGUUUCUUGUCAAAUGUUAGAGAAAAUUCAAUGUCAGAUGGAGACUUAAUCAAACUACAGGAGGCUCUUCUUCAUAAAAUUCUUGGCGGAGAAUGGAAAAUUCAUAGUGUUGAUGAAGGAAUUGGUGUCAUAAAAAAACGGUUGAGCCAUAAACAAAUUCUCUUAAUUCUUGAUGAUGUGAAUCAAUUGAAGCAAUUAGACAAUUUGGCCGGUGUUGGUUGGUUUGGUGAGGGAAGUAGAGUCAUUACAACUACACAAGAUAGCGGAUUGCUAAAAUGUCAUGGAAUUGAUUUGAUAUACGAGGUCCAAAAGUUAUAUGGCAACCAAGCUCUUGAGCUUUUUAGUUUCUGUGCCUUCGGAACCAGCAAACCUCCAAAGGAUUAUUUGGAACUUGCACAACGUGCACUAGCGUAUGCUCAAGGCAUUCCACUAGCUCUAACACUUUUAGGUUCCCAUCUUCAUAAUAAAGACAAAGAUCGUUGGCAAGAUAUAUUAGAUAGUUAUGAAGGAGAACCAUAUACAGGUAUUCAAAAAAUACUUCGAAAAAGUUAUGAUGCCUUGGAAAAUUCCAUGCAACAAUUUUUUCUAGAUAUCGCAUGUUUCUUCAAGGGUGAAGAUAAGGACUAUGUUCUACAAAUAGUAAGCAAUUCUAAGAAGAAGGUCUCCCGAGAUUGUAUUGAAGUACUCAUUGAGAAGGCAAUGAUAACUAUUGACUAUGGUACGAUUCAGAUGCAUGACUUACUAGAAAAACUGGGCAAGGAUAUAGUUCACGAAGAAUCCCCCAAUGAUCCCGGCAAGCGUAGUAGAUUGUGGUUUUACGAGGAUGUUGAACAAUUUCUAACGGAAAGUACAGGAACAAGAAAUAUUCAAGGCAUCAUGGUGAAGCUUCCAGACCCAGCUGAGAUAACCUUAAAUCCAGAAUGCUUCCGUAAUAUGGUAAAUCUUGAAAUUUUCAUAAACAGUAAUGCAUCUCUAUGUGGGCACAUUAACUAUCUGCCCAACGCCUUAAGAUUGAUUGAUUGGGAUAGAUGUCAGUUACAAUCUUUGCCACCCAAUUUUCAAGGAAAUCAUCUUGUUGAGUUCAAUAUGCCUCGUAGUCAUAUCAGACAAUUGGAUGGAUUUAACUUUAAGCACUCGCCAAAUCUGACAACUAUGAAUUUAAGGGGUUGUCAAUUCUUAGAAAAAAUCCCUGACUUAUCUGGAAUCCCAAACAUAAAGUACUUGAAUCUAAGCGAGUGCACACGUUUGGUUGAGGUCGAUGGUUCUGUUGGAUUCCUUGAUAAACUUGUUGAAUUGAAUCUUUUUGGAUGCGUUGAACUUAUGAGGUUUGGAACAACACUUAGAUUGAAAUCCUUAGAACAACUUUAUCUAUCUGGAUGUGAAAGGCUUGAGAGUUUCCCAGAAAUAGAAGUCGAGAUGGAAUCACUAUGGAAAUUGAAUAUGGCAAGAAGUGGCGUAAGAGAAUUGCCUCCAUCAAUUGCAUAUCUUACUGGGCUUCAACAAUUGGAUCUUAGUGGAUGCUUCAAUCUUACAAGGUUUGCAACACUUAGAUUGAAAUCUCUUGAAAAACUUGAUCUUAGUGAUUGCAAAAGCCUUGAGAGUUUCCCGGAAAUAGAAGUCGAGAUGGAAUCACUACGGGGUUUGAGAAUAUCAGGAAGUGGCGUAAGAGAAUUGCCUUCACCAAUUGCAUAUCUUACUGGUCUUGAAAUAUUACAUGCUGAUUAUUGUGAGAACUUCACAGUUACGGUGAACUCCGAAUUGCUUCCCAACCUGUAUCAAUUUAGUCUCAUGGGAUGCAAUCUAUCAAAAAUUAAUUUCCUCCGGCUCCUUGAUUGCUGGUCCACAAUAACAGAACUUUUUCUAUCGCAAAGCAAUUUUGUCAAUCUUCCGAUAUCCUUUAGCAAAUUUGUCAACUUGCGGAAUCUUUAUUUGAUUAAUUGCCAGAGUCUUCUGGAAAUUCCAGAACAAGUGCUUCCACGAAGAAUAGAAUUCGUAGAGCUGGAUAACUGCACAUCAUUGGAAAAAAUUCCAAAACUGGCUUGGGUAUUGCUGGAUAACUGCACAUCAUUGGAGAAAAUUCCAGAACUCCCGCGGAAGGAUGACCAUAUGUAUCUGAGUUUGACCAAUUGCGUUAGACUACGCGGCUACGACAUCACAGAACAUAUUUUUCUGAAUCAGGUUUCUGUUUCUUCUCCGCAUUCUCUUUUCGAAAUUAUUAUUCCAGGCGAUGAAGUUCCAAAGUGGUUCAGCUGUUGUAAAGAUGCAACAAUAGUUAGAGAAUUUUUGAGUUACGAAUACGAUGCUGGAUGUGAAGUUAGUUUUGAAAUUCCUCCAAAUUUAAAAUGGGAGACGUUAAGAUUGGUUCUAUGUGCUGGUAAUAUUGGUUCUGCUAAGAUUCUUCUCAAUGGAAAACUCGUCAAUGUGGCACAUUUUGAAUUAGACACAACUCAUCUGUAUGACGAAUGUGUUGAAUUAUUGGAAAGUCAUGUGUACCUCACGUCUAUUCCAUUAUUGGAAAGUCAUGUGUACGGGUUUGAAGAACCACCGACGAUGCAGGUUAAUACGUGUGAAGUUAUAUUUGACUUGCCUGGCGAAGUGCCCGCACCCGUUAAAAUUCCCUGCGGGGUCCACCUAUUAGGCCACCAUGUUGCUGAUGUCAGUGAGACUGAUGUUGUUGAUCAUGGGCCAACGCAGUUGUUACCUGAUGCGAAGGCGGUGGAUGAUGAUAUUUAUGACGAUCAACACCAAGACUGCGAAUUGCUUUCCUUGUCUUUAGCAUCAAAGACUAGUCUUGGCAAGAGGCCUCGCCAAUCAGAUUACAUGGCACUUAACGAUGAUCAUCGUGCUAACGUCGUCGACAUUGGUGAUCAUGAAGCUGAAGGGCUUACCUUGUUUACAGGACCAUCGGAUCACCAAAAGAGGAGGCACAUUGAUCCUAAUGAGGAGCCAAAGCAAUGAAGUUCCAAAGUGGUUUAUGUAAGCCCCAGGUUCAGCUGUCGAAACGAACCCAAUUUCCGGUAAUGGUUUAGUAAUCAAGAGGUGUGUUGAGGCGCCGGCAAUUUCUGAGAUUCCAUUUUAAGUUGCAUAAGGCAAUACCUUUCUUCUCAAUUGAUGCAUCCAGCAUUUAUCCGCGAAUGAACAAAGCUGGAUUUAUCUAAUGCUUUCAUUCCACACAUAUAUUUUGUCUAUGAUUCUUCUAUCCCAUUCAUUGGAAUUGAUGUAUGUUGGGGACAAAAUGUAACAGAUUUAUCUAUUUCAUAAUUUCCAAUCAAGGUUUAUUGAAAAUCAGACAUUAAUUGUAAAUAGGCAUCCAAAUAUGUCCAACAUAUUUCUGUUGAAAGAUUAUGUCUCAUUA